GCCCCGAUCCCUAAUUUGCCUCUCCUGCAGAAAGGAAAAGAAGCAAAAGGGUUCCUCUCUCUCUCUUUUUUUGCCUUUCCCUUUUCCAUCCUUUCUGUCUCUGUCUGGAAUACGAUCCAAAAAGUUUGAACCCAAAGUAGGAUUAAAUCAACAACCGCAAAACCUCAUUCCUGGCAAAGGCUUCUUGUUGCUUUAAAAGAACCGCUGCAGAGCUGGAGAAAAAGGCUCGGUUUAGGAUCCUGUGACGAAUACUCUGGGGGGCAAUAAAAAAACAAACCAGAGGCUCUAGCCAGGCAGUGGGCGCUCUGGGCAUCCUCCUUCCCCCCAGUCCCGCCCCUUUAAGCUUCAGACAACCCUCCCCACGCAUUUUUUUUUCUCCCCCUUUUUUUUCCUUUCCUUUUUUUUUUUCUUUUUUUUUGCAAGACUGCAUCGCUCAGCUGAAGGACUCGGGGCAGUCGGAGAAACUUCAGAAGAAAGAUAAAACGAAGUUUGGAGGGGAGUCCCCGCAAGUUCUGGGCUCUCUUGGGCAAAAGCAGAUCCGCCCUUUCUGCAAAGUUAAGUUUUCGGAUCAAGAAUUAAAGGAAAUACAGAGGCUGCUGGAGCUGUAUUGUAAUGGAGAGUACUACAUGAAACAGAACUGACAGCCACGAUGCCUGCUUUCUUUCAGAAGAUGCUAGUCUUCUUGGUCCUCUUUCUCACAAGUGUGAAAGAAAUCAGCUCCCUGGAAAUCACUCCCAGUGCCCACGAAGUUGUCCUCAAUCUCUACACUGAUUUUACUCUGAAAUGUUCAGGCCACAAUGAGGUUUUAUGGAAAACAGACAACAAGCAUACCAAACUAGACACUGUCCUGGAGAAAAGGGGCACCAUUUUUUUUAACACCCUCACAUUAAGGAACUUGACUGGUUUAAACACAGGUGAAUAUUCCUGUGCCGACAAUCAAGUCCUGGAUGAAAAGGCCAUCUACAUUUUUGUACCAGAUCUCUCCAUGCCUUUCCUACCAAGCACCCAAGAAGACACGUUUGUGUUCAGCACAGGCUACGAUGAAGUCAUUAUUCCUUGCCGUGUGACAAAUCCCAAUGCUACAGUAGCUCUUUAUGAAAAGAGGGUUAAUGAUCCAGUCCCUGGAAUGUAUUUUCCACAGCAAGGCUUUAAAGGCCAGUUCGAAGACAAGACCUACAUCUGCAAGGCAACAAUAGAAGAUGAAGAGUUUGAAUCUGAAACAUUCUAUGUCUACAACCUCCAAGUUUCUUCUUCUCCUACAUCCUUAAUCAACAUUUCUAUCAGUGCAGUGCAAACUAUUUUGAAACAAGGCGAAAAUAUCAUUGUGACAUGUACAGUAAGAGGUAUUGAAUUGAUUCGUUAUACCUGGAGUUAUCCUGGACAAAUGGUAGGCAAAGAGGUAAAACCUGCGACAAUUAUUGUUCCAGGACAUUAUACUAGUUCUAUCCUAACCAUUCAUAAUGCAGACUCAAAUGAUCAGGGUCUAUAUGCAUGUGAGGCCACGGACACCUAUCAUGGACAGAAAGAAGAACAAAGUAUCUUUAUCAGAGUGAUUGAGCGUGGCUUCGUGACUUUCCACACUGUACUGAAUGAGACCGUAUUUGCAGAACUGCACAAAAGUCACACCUUUUUGGUACAGAUCGAAGCCUAUCCAAGUCCAACCAUCAUCUGGUUUCAGAAUAAGAAGCCCCUGACUUCUGAGAGCAACAGUGAUUUUGCUAUCAAUAGCAGGAAUUUGUCAGAAACCAGGUAUCAAACUACUCUGACCCUUGUGAGGGUGAAAGCAAGUGAGGGAGGUCUGUACACUGUCCGAGCAUUUCACGAAGAUGACUUAAAAGAGCUCUCCUUCUAUUUGCAGAUUAAUGUCCCAGCUACAGUGACUGAACUGAAAGACAGUAGCAACAAAACAAAUGGUGAGCAAACAGUGAUCUGUACUACAGAAGGAAUGCCCCAACCAGAGGUUACCUGGUAUACCUGUAAUAAUGACAAAUGGUGUACUGGGGAAACUACCAAGAUCCUGGGGAAUAGCUCAGAAGAAAUGAAUCUGCAAACAAAUUUCACAUAUGAAGAUGACCGGAAAGUUUACAUUGUGACAAGCAAGCUCCACUUUCACAGAGUAGAUGAGCCUAUUUUUAUCCAAUGUGCAGCUCAAAAUCUCUUGGGUGCACACUCUCAGCAGAUCACCCUAGUCCCAUACAAUCUACCUUUUAAAGUGAUCAUUAUUUCAGUAAUCGUGGCCUUUGUGGUUCUCAUGGUUCUUUUCCUGGUGAUCCUCAUUUUCUUGUGGCGAAAAAAGCCUCGAUAUGAAAUUCGCUGGAAGGUAAUUGAGUCAAUCAGCUCAGAUGGGCAUGAAUAUAUCUACGUGGACCCUAUGCAACUGCCUUAUGAUUCCAGCUGGGAAAUUCCAAGGGACAGGCUGGUUUUAGGGCGUACAUUGGGCUCUGGAGCCUUUGGGCGUGUGGUGGAAGCAAUUGCUCACAGCCUCAGCCAUUCCCAGUCCACCAUGAGAGUUGCUGUGAAAAUGCUCAAGUCCACAGCCCGAAGCAGUGAAAAGCAGGCUCUGAUGUCAGAACUGAAGAUCAUGAGCCACCUUGGGCCUCACCUGAACAUUGUGAACUUGCUUGGUGCUUGCACCAAAGGAGGUCCCAUCUACAUCGUAACUGAAUACUGUCGCUAUGGAGACCUGGUGGACUAUCUACAUAGGAACAAGCACACCUUCCUGCAGUGCUAUAGUGAGAAGGCCAAGCAAGAAGCAGAAUUGUAUGGGAAUGGCAUGCGUGUGGACCGGCUGCAGAGCCAUACAUCCAUAUCUGUAGAAAGUGAUGGGGGCUACAUGGACAUGAGUAAGGAUGAAUCACUGGAUUAUGUGCCCAUGUCUGACAUGAAGGGUGAAAUCAAAUAUGUAGACAUUGAUUCUUCCAAUUAUGGCACAACCUAUGAGCUGGACAGCUAUUCACCAUCAGGUUCAGAAAAAGUGACCUUGAUCAGCGAGUCUCCUCUCCUCAGUUAUAUUGAUCUUGUUGGAGUUAGUUUCCAAGUGGCUAAGGGAAUGGAGUUCUUAGCUUCUAAAAACUGUGUGCACCGUGAUCUGGCUGCAAGAAACGUACUGAUCUGCGAAGGGAAACUGGUGAAAAUCUGUGACUUCGGCUUAGCGAGGGACAUCAUGCGGGAUUCCAAUUAUAUUUCCAAAGGGAAUACCUUCUUGCCUUUGAAAUGGAUGGCCCCUGAGAGCAUCUUCAAUAACCUCUACACUACCUUAAGUGAUGUGUGGUCUUUUGGGAUUCUUCUAUGGGAAAUAUUCACUCUAGGUGGGACUCCAUAUCCUGAACUGCCUAUGAACGAGCAAUUCUAUAAUGCUAUUAAACGUGGCUACCGGAUGUCCAAACCUACCCAUGCAUCCAAUGAAAUCUAUGAAAUUAUGCAGAAAUGCUGGGAAGAGAAGUUUGAGAUCCGACCGUCUUUCUUUCAACUGGUAGUGCUUAUGGGGAACCUGCUAACAGACAGCUACAAGAAGAAGUAUCAACAAGUCAAUGAAGAAUUCUUGAAAAGUGAUCACCCGGCUAUUGUGCGUAUCAGGCCCAGGAAUACAGGAUUCAGUGCUUCUAGGUCCACUGCAAGUGACAGUGUCAGUUCAAGUUCGGUCCUCUAUGCAGCUGUGGAACAGAAUGGAGUGGACAAUGAUUAUAUCAUUCCUUUGCCUGAUCUUAAACCAGAGGCAGACAGUAAUAAUCCUCCGGAGGCCUCUAGCAGCAGAGCAAGUUCAACCCUGAAUGAAGCAAACACAUCAUCGACUAUAUCUUGUGACAGUCCUUUAGGCCCUGAGCAAGAAGAAGAAGAAGAACAAGCAUCUGAGUUAAAGCCAGAUUGCUAGGGUUAACAGUGCUCUGUGCUCCUGUAUAUGCUAGCACUGGGAACUUCCAUCCGGUGGGGGAAAAUGUGCACAUCCCCUUCAUUCAAACGUAUCAAAGUACAGCUUGUCCCUCCUUCCUCUUUAACCUAAAACAGAAGCCUGGAAUUAUCAAAAUAGGUCUUUUCUGAGACCAGGAACAUCCAAUAGGACUGCAGACUAAAUCAGAACAAUUCAAGUCAGUGUUAUGUGAUAAUUCUUUGUAGCUUCUGAACUGAGAUUAUGUUCAUUUCAAACUUUAAUGCAGAAUUUGCUCUUUGUUCACCAUUCAUGUUUCCACCUACUAAAUCAGGAUCUCAGAAGAGAAUCUAUAACAUCUCUCAUCUUUGAAGAGCCACAACAGUUUCUGGAUAAAACUGCUCUCCCCAUGACAUAGCAUGUCUGCACAAGGUCAAAGAAAAGAAUCUCCCGGGCUCAGUCAGAAUAAACGCUUUUUGAUCCUUGCAACCUUACUUGACUGUUACUCAUUUACUGGAUUGUCAAGUGAUGCUUUUAAAAAUGUAUCCUUAGAAAGGAUAGAAAAUGGACAAAUGGACAGAAGGACAGAGAUCAUGUGCAGGAGUAGUUAAACUCACUAUAGACUCAGAAAAGUCUCCUCAUUGUUUUAAAUUUCAAGCUCAGAAAUUUAAGCUGGGGCCUGACUUUCUUCAUAGGUCUCCCACUUCUUUCAUUACAGCAUUCCGCCAUUAGGGGAAAUGAUUUCAUGGGUUACAGGUACAUAGAUACUGCAGCUGCCCAGGCAGUAGCUAAGGACAUUAGCUAAAGUAGCAUUUUGUGUGUGUGGUGUGUGUGUGGGGGGGGGGAAAUACAGAGUGCAUAGAGACUCAUCUAACGAUUCAACUGAGGCACCAGAAGCAACACUCAGUAUUAUAUUUUCAGCAGCAGGCUGCCCUUUCAUUGGAUGAAAUGAAGUGAUUAAAAAGGAAUGCUUGGAUUUAUCCAAGACCGUAAGAGGAUGAAAAAUGGAUCAUACAUUUUCUCUUUCUGCUUGUGCACUUUGUAAGCAAAAGGGCUCACUGCCUAAUUGGCAGCUAUAUCUUUGGUUUACUUCAGAGGGUUAUUAUUAACAGCCAUUGUAUUCUGCUGAAUCCUAGAGGUAUUCAGUUGCAACAGGUAGGUCUUGGAAAACAAGGUUGGAUCUAAUUAGUCUUUGAUGGGACUUAAACAACUAAUACAAAUGCCAAGGCUGUAGGCUGGUUAGGAAAUUGAAAAACUUUCUCAAGCUGCAAGAAGCUCUUUCUUUAUUGUUGCCAAUGAGAUGACAUUGGCAUGGAUUUGUUAUGAGGGAACAUUUACCAUUCAGUCUUUCAGAGGCUGGAGAGAGCACUUAAUAACUUUGGGUUGCAAUACCCAUGGCACCAAAUACCUUCCAAUGUGCUUAAAAGUGGAUCUAAUUACUAGGUAGAAAGAUCUAGGAAAGAUAGGUCCCAUACUACUUCCUAUGAUAAAUGUGAGUUGUCUUACAUAAAUUGGCGGUCCCCCACCCCAUUCAUUUAGUGCCAUAUGUGUAGUAAUAUGGCACAAUUAUGAGGAUUGUUUUGGCUGUGGCUGCCAUCUUCCCUUUUUUAAUCCACUGAAGAUACCCCAGUACUUCCCAUUGGCUGCUACUUAGGAUUUGAUGAGCAGGUAGCUAAAAUGCUUUUGUGCAUUUCAUGUGUCUUUAGCUCUGCACAAUGCAAACAUGUAUUCCAGUUUUGCUGGAAAGCAUUCUAUUAUAAAAGGGCUUUUUUUAAAACAAAAUCUAGUGUCAUCUUCUACAAGAGGUAGUUCUAAAGUGUCUCAUUAUCCUCUUUAAAAAAGUAUUUUAGCUACUUUUGAUCACAUUGUAUUAACAGUAGAUCAGGUAUAUUAUAUACCUAUAGUUAGGGGGUGUGUGUGUGUGUGAAUGAAUCAUAUGGACAGGAGGGUAUAUAUAAAGUUUAUUUUCCUCUAGUCAAUCUAUUAACAAUUUUCCAUUUUUAAAUAAUAUUCAUAUUUACUACCUUACCUUUUCUCUGUUAUGUUUGUUCUUUUUUUAAGGUACUGUCAGAGUAUUUGUUAUAAAUGUUCAGUUGAUGUGGCAACAAUAGAGUUAAGGAAUGUUUGCAGGCAAACAUGCCAAUUUAAAGUCCAAUGUUACAAUAGCUAAAAUGAAUUAUUCUACAAAUUAUGGCCAGUACUGGGUUUAUCUCCUUCAAAUAUAUUAUAUACCUUUUUCAAUCAGCUUUUAAAAAUAUUUUGUGAUAACAUUUUCUAAUUAUCACCCAAUUGAUUAUAUUGUCUAUUGAAAAUACAAAAAGCAUUUCUAAUUGUAUCAUAAAAUUUCUGAGAAGGGGACCCAUAGUUAGAUUUCUAACAUGCUUUUUAGUCUUUAAUAAUAUAGCAUCACUACAACUUACUCCUACAUUCCUAAGUAAGUUUUUCAAAUUACUCUCACACUGCACAUUUGUCAUAGACUGAUUUAAAACAGAUUUAUAUUGAACGGUUAAUCAUUUCAAUGGUCAAAGUAGUUUAGUUCCCAGGUAGGCCACCUGCCUUCAUAUGAGGCCAGGAUAUAUUCUUUGCAUCUUUUUUAAAAAAUAAAGAGGCCGAUCAAAAGUUAGACAGGCAGCUAACAAAAUUAUGGAAUGGGAUAUUGGUGUAAGUUUGCUUGGCUUUUUAAGAACAUAGAGUCAGAUACAAUUCACAGCAGUAUUAGCUCAGUAGAUUAUUAUUUUUAACUUUAACCUUAGUUUCUUUGACAAGGAGCUUCUCAUUUGCCUUUUGACAUACCGAACUGAACAGUUUUUCAAUUGUACUUCUUGGGGUUUAAGUGCUUUAUGUAAAAUUGUCUCCGGCCAAGUGGAGCAACCAAGAACACUACCGCACUAUCACCAUCAUGCCACUCUCCCGUGUGAAGCAGUACUAGUACAUUGUUUUUGGAAACAUUUGUUGAUCUAAGAUAAAGAUUGGUUUCUUUCAUAGAAGACUCUGCUACUGCUGCUUCUACACACUCAAAAGCUAAAUGAUAGCCAAUCUGUCAGAAAGAAAAAUGAUAAAUUUUCCUUUCCCUAGCCUCAAAUUAUUAGGUGCUAUGUUUUUUUCAGAUGGUUCCAUUCCAUUCUCCUGUCCCAAAUGACACCAGGGCCUGCCAGUUCUAGAUUGUCCUCUUGAAAUGUAGAUAAGUGAACAAUGUUGAUGAGUCUUUCACAUUGGCUAGAUGGAGAAGAGAAAGCAAGAGUUGACUAACCAAAGGGCCUUUAUGCCAUUGUGAAUUUAAUCGCCAUAAUUUGACUUAAGAUAAUAUAUUUUUAAAAGAGAAUAAUUCACUAUGAUACUUUUAUAUUGCUGAUAAUUGGCUUGCUUGGUUAUUGGGUUUGUGAGGUUUUUAUAUAUAUGUAUGUUUAUAUUAGUUUUGGUAAGAAGAGUGAAUCAAAACAAUUUCUGUCUUGAAUGAAAGAUGAUAAACUUGGAACAUCAAUUUUUGCAAACUUGGUUUCAUCUUUAUUAAUUUUCCAUCUUUCUAUAAUGUUUUAACCUACAAUUACUACAAUAAAGCUCAUAUAUAAAUAUAUAUCUUUCUACAUCCAGCAACCACUAUUAGCCAGACUUCAUAAAAAGUAUUGUCACACUAGUGUUAUUUUCAAAAUAAAUAACAUUUUUCUUAAUGAUGCAUAUACAA